CAUUCAACAUUAGCGCUUUUUAUUGUUUUUUUUCAAAGCAGCUUUAACGGACAGAGAAAUUAGAUGGAGAAUGUAUGAGAGGGUUAGUUUUGACAGGCUUAAACACCACAGUGAUCUCUCUUGUUUCGCUAUUCGUGGAGCCGCAAACGCGGUCUACUACUCCUCUUCCUCCGUUAUUGGCGGCAAUUCUGUCUCAUUCUCCUUCCUUCUCAUCUUCAUCAACGAUGGAAGUUCAAGUUCAAAGGGAAUCGUCUUCACAGAAGAGUCUUGCAUUUAUGGAGCUUGCAAUGGAACAGGCAAAACAUGCCUUGGAUUGUCUUGAAGUGCCAGUGGGUUGUGUGAUUGUUGAAGGUGGCAUAGUCAUUGGAUCUGGAAGAAAUCGAACAACAGAGACAAGAAAUGCCACAAGACAUGCAGAGAUGGAAGCAAUAGAUGUUCUUCUUGAGCAGUGGCAAAAAAGUGGACUUUCAACUUCAGAAGUUGCUGAAAAAUUUUCAAAAUGUACUCUUUAUGUUACAUGUGAACCAUGUAUAAUGUGUGCUGCAGCUUUGUCUAUCCUUGGUAUAAAGGAAGUGUAUUAUGGAUGUGCAAAUGAUAAAUUUGGAGGCUGUGGAUCAAUAUUGUCACUGCAUUCUGGCAACUAUCAGCCACUUAAUAGUGAGGAAGCUGCUCAAUGGAAGGGUUUCAAAUGUACUGGAGGAGUAAUGGCAUCUGAGGCAGUUUCGCUUUUACGAUGUUUCUAUGAACAAGGGAACCCUAAUGCUCCGAAGUCUCACAGGCCAGUAACUUUCCAGGUAACACAUCACUAAAAUAUCUUGAAACUAUCAGAGUACCUUUCGCUUCCUGUUCUCAUGAUUUAAGACUUGGACUUUCAAACAGUACUUGCUAUAUGUGAUACAUACACAAAGGUAUGUAUAAGUUUAGAAAUAUUUGUUGAAAAUGUUCUAUUUUCAAUUUACGUGUCGCUUCUGGAAGUGUAGACUUUAACUUUUUGUUCUUAUAUAAAGUGAAGAACUCACGAUGACUGAAGCUGUUUUGGAAAAAACCUUCAUUGAACGAAUUUGUGAAUGAAAUACGGAACAUCUAACUUGUCUACCCAA